AGCUGGCAACCAUUCAGUCCGUGUUGUGAAGUUAGCGGAGAAGUGUGAUGUUAAAAUAAUCUAAAUCUGUAAAUGUAUUAUUUUUUUACGAGCGUAAUUGCUAAAUAUAUUAUUUUUAAUCUUAUGUGAAUCAUAUUAUAUUCACUAAUUUCAGUAAAAUUAUAGUUCCAAACUUUCAUAAUUUUGUUAUUAAAAGGUUAAAAAUCAAGUUUUAAAAGCAAUAAAAAUGGAAAAUGGUACAGGAAACUCGACAAACUAUUUUAACCUUAAAGAAUUAAACCAUGUUACUCAUGCAUUGGAUAGAAAUCAAAAGACAUAUUCUGAUGUUCUACAAUGCAUUGGUAAUACACCUUUAGUGAAACUUUCGAAGAUACCCAAAGAAGAGGGCUUGGAAUGUGAUGUUUAUGCAAAAUGUGAGUUCUUAAACCCUGGUGGAUCAGUGAAGGACAGAAUUGCUUACAGAAUGUUUCUGGAAGCAGAAAAAAAAGGCAUACUAGUACCAGGGAAGUCUGUCAUCAUUGAACCCACAUCUGGAAAUACUGGAAUUGGUCUGGCUUUAGCUGCUGCUGUACGAGGCUACAGAUGCAUAAUAGUAUUGCCAGAGAAAAUGUCAGAUGAAAAAGUUAACACAUUAAAAGCCUUGGGAGCGGAAAUCAUCAGAACUCCUACGGAAGCCCCCACAAUGUCACCAGAAAGUAAUGUUAUGGUAGCAAAAAGAUUAUCCAAAGAAAUCCCUAAUGCUGUUCUACUAGACCAGUACAACAACGUGUGCAACCCGUUGGCACAUUACGACACCACAGCGGAGGAGAUCCUCUGGUCCAUGGACGACGAUAUCGACAUGGUGGUGGUGGGGGCGGGCACUUGUGGGACAAUAUCUGGAAUUGCGCACAAAAUAAAGGAACGAUGUCCCAAAUGUGUAAUAGUGGGAGUGGACCCAUACGGGUCAAUACUGGCACAACCUGAAGAGAUCAACGAAAGCGACGUGCAAAUGUAUGAGGUCGAAGGUGUCGGCUACGAUUUCCUGCCCAAAGUAUUAGAUAGGUCAGUAAUUGACAAAUGGAUCAAAACAGAAGACUCUACCUCGUUGCAAAUGUCACGAAGACUUAUUAAAGAAGAAGGACUUUUAUGUGGUGGCAGUAGUGGUGCAGCCAUGUGGGGCGCAAUGCAAGUGGCCAAGAGUCUGAAGGCGGGCCAGCGCUGUGUGGUCAUAUUGCCCGACAAUAUAAGGAAUUAUAUGACCAAGUUCAUUUCCGACCAGUGGAUGGAGGCCCGUCACUUCAAACCGCUGCCUGUUAAUGACAAACUUUGGUGGUGGAACAAGCAAGUACCCGUGGAUGUGAUAAAGCCAUGUUCGUCAAUAUCGCCCGACUGUACGGUGGCUGAAGCGCUCGCUCUGUUACGUAAAACUGGUGAUACACUCCUCACUGUACUUAAUGAAAAGGGAUUGCUAAAAGGAGUAUUCACAACCGAUAACGCCCGGCAGCGUCUGGCCAAUCUGUCCGCUUCCACUGCGGAGAGUCUCGACAAAUUUAUUGUGAAAAAGUAUUACAAAGUGAACAUUGACAACAAACCAACGUUGGGCGAAGUGUCCCGCAUCCUUGACAUAUCUCCUUAUGUUGUGGUAGUAAAGACAGAAGAAAAUAUCGAAAAGCCUUUGGGAACAAUGACUUCAGAAGAUCUCAUGCACUUCAUUACUACAAAUGGUAACCAUAUGAAUGGAAAUGGAAAAGCCUAAAUAUAUUU